AUGAGCCUGACUACCCUUCCGGCCGACAUUCUCAUCCUGGUUCUUGACGGCUUGGGUGUUCUAGAACUCAUUGCUCUAUCUUCGACAUGUCACAAGCUGCACAGCUUGGUAUCCGAAUUCGGAUGGGUUGGAUAUCUGCGCUCCAACCCUCGCCCUUCUUACGGCCUUUCGUCCUUACGCCCUAAAUGGUCGCCCCGAUGUCGCGUACAAUAUGACUACCUUACGGACACUGCUUGGAAGAAUUUCAACUUCGUAGCGCGGCCUCUCUCUCGGCCAUGGAAAGGGAAACUUCAACCCACCCUUGCCAUCAGUCCGUCACGACUUGUUGUGGCAGCAGGCAGCACACUUUACUCCUACAAGUUUGGGAAUCUCGGGGAGGGACUUUCUCCUUCUAUCCAUUUGGAAGGAACUUUCUCGUUUGUAGAACAACCUCAUGAACCUAGUCGAAACAUCACCGGGGCCACGUUUGUGCAAGAUGGUGGGCAUGACAGAACCCUCUACGUUGCUUUCCAAGACGGUGCUAUCGAGCGAGUGAUGCUCAUGGCGUCAGAGGUCGACGGUAAAACUGCAAUUUCUGCGACUCGGACGAUCGUACCCUCGUUCCCAAAUUACGACUUUGUCGAAAGCUUUUCGUUUGAUAGAGAUUUGUUGCUCUCAUUAUCCUCUACCGGCUUGGCAAAGCUGGAGAACCUCUCCGCUUCCGAUGAAAGCUCAUCAUCAAUCAUCGAGCUCAAGUCACGGAGCUGGGUCUCGCUGCUUUCCUUAAAUUCCUCUACACCCUACGCAGCUUUUGGUACAUCGUCCACCACCCCCGUCGCAAUUCAUCCGAUCACAAACACCCAGCUAUCAUCUGCACCUUCCGCCAUUCUCUAUACGGACAAAGGUGUCACUCUGCCCACAGAUCGUCUUCCGUCCACAGCGGUCUACGGUCUCUCACAUGGACCUCUGUCUUCUCCCUGGGGCUCAUCCAAGGAAAUUGUCGUCACUGGGUGGUUCGACGGUGUAGUGAGAUGCUAUGAUCUACGAUCAUCUACUCGUACAUCACUGGAGGGCGGCCGCACGCAGAAUUCUGGUCCAAUUCCAUUGCGGCCCGUCAUGUCGUUAUCAGACAAAUGGUCGGAGGAACCCAUUUACUCCGUUUCCUGUGGUGGAGGUUCCUCCAGUCACAUUGCGGCUGGGACAGCUCGUCACAGCGUGGUCUCUUUUUGGGAUGUUCGUUACCCCAAGGAAGGCUGGAAAGUGUACGCUCCAGGCAAUGAUUCGUCUCCCGUCUACUCGGUCAUCCUCGAGAGUUCGCGGUUCUUUGGCGUGACUCAGAGCAGACCCUUUGUUUACGACUUUGGCCCAGGACUGACGGCGAACACGUAUCCACCCCUUCCACAUGUACGGGGGAUGGACGGGCUCAAGCAGAAGAAAAACUCCCUCAGCUUCACCGUCAUGACCCUUCCACACAGCCACUAACUAUUAUUCGAACAAUCACUCUUCUACAUCGAAGGGUAUUUCUCCUGUAUUAACAGAACCGUAAAUGUUCUGAGCUAGCUCGUUACAUAGUUGAUAGAAAAAC